GCUUUGUUUACUUUUCUACAGACUGUGUGUGGUAGAACAACUUUGUCUUAAUCGCGGGUUAAAGUCAAGCAAACAUGUCCGUGGAGCAGCAGACGUUCCCCCCGCCUCCUUGUUCCUUUUCUUCCGCUGAUCUGGGAGGUUUCUCGGCUGUGGCCCCUCAGGUCAGCCCGCCGCCGGAGAUGGAGACUCUGAGGAUCUUCGUUAACGACCGGUUAACGGCGGUGGUGGAGGACAUCAUGGAGGUGUUCGGUAAAACGAUGUCCCGGUACCGGGAGCAGAUCGAGCUCCAGAGGCGGCAGCUGGACAGCAUGAGAGCCGAGGAGAGCAGGUGGAAGCCGGCAGAAGACCCUCUGCCUGUGCCGUCCUGGAUUAAGCCCUGCCCUGAUGAGCAGAUCCUGAGCGUCCAGCUGGACCACACCAACAACACAGAAGAGAUCAACACCGGCACGUCAGCUGCUCAGAUUAAAACAGAAGCUGAAGGUGAGGACUUUGUCAAUGGGGACUUUGAUCCAGCCGUGGGCUCAGAGGGGAUGAGUGAAGUCCGCCUUCUCACUGACUGCUCGGAGACUGAAGACAGCGGAGAGUACUGGAGAGAUCCUUCAGAAUUCUGGAAAACAGAGGAGGAGAACGAAGCAGAAGGACAAAGUUCAUCUUCAAACAGCAGGUUGCAGAGCUCCUCUGAUCAGCAGCUGGAUCCUGGACUGUCUCGUCAGCCUGCUGGGGCGUUUAUUUGUAAAGUCUGCGGCGAGUCCUACCAGAGGAUAGGUCAUCUUUUCACUCACGCUUCAGCUCACCUGAAAGACUGCAGCCUGUGUGGGAAACACCUGGAUCAGACAGAGAACCUAAAAUUUCACCUUAGAGUUCACAGAAAAUCGUCCUUCAGCUGCAGCGUCUGCGGUCAGAGCUUCACCCUGCGGGGGAACCUGAGGAUUCACAUGAUGAUCCACUCCGGCGAGCGUCCGUACCCCUGCAACGUCUGUGGGAAGAGCUUCGGCAGGAGGGCGUCGCUGGUGAGACACGUCCGCAGCCACACGGGCGAGAAGCCAUACAUCUGCAAAUACUGCGGCCACGGCUUCGUGGAGAAGGGCAACCUGACUGUUCACCUGAGGACCCACACUGGCGAGAGACCAUACUGGUGCUCCAACUGUGACAGACGCUUCAGUCAGAUGUCAUCCUACCACAAACAUCCUUGUCAGAGGAGAGGUCUGACCUCAGACUGCACCAAAACAUGACAGAGUUUGAAUCUUUCUCUCUGGGCGAUCUGGUGACUCUUUUGGUAUAGAGUGUGGACAAAGGCUUGGGGGGGUAAUACAGUAUCCUUGGGUGUUUAGCCACGGUAGUCCUUAAAUUAGCAUAAUGAAAAUCUGCUGUGUAAUGUGUGAAUGUUUCUAAUAAAUGCUUUAAUAGUGUGGGUCUGUUUCUAGUAGGAGCACCUCUGCCUGAAU